GCGCCGCCGGGCCGCGGGCUGCCUCUGGGCCGCUGGGCCCGCGCCUCCCGCCCGCCGCCGGGGCCCGGCCUGCGGGGUAACCGCCGACUCCCCCGCCCGGCCCCUCCUUCAUCCCUCCCACCGCACCGGCCUUCGGGCAUCCUGUGACUGUGUGUGCUUAAUUGGCCAUCGGAGCCGCGAUGAGCAUGGAGGUCAGGCUGGAAGUUUUGUCGUCAACCACCAUCAGGCAGAAGAGACCCUGGCCCCGCGUCUCCUGGCUGGGCCAGGAAAAGGAAGCUGUUUUCCUUUUGGACGAGAACCUCAUCAGUGAGAUCAAUUUGCUGUCGGGCAAGACGAAGAAGAAGAUCCCUCGCCUGCAGCCUGUCCUGAGGCACCUCGCUGUGCUCACCACGUCCAGUAACGAUGCCUGGCUGGCGGGGCUCCUUACUACUGGGGAGCUUUUCCUUUGGAACAAAGAUCAAGAUUGUUUGAAGACGAUCCAAGCAACUGGAGAGCCUAAGGAAAUGAUUAAGGCUGCAGUAGCAAGCUCGUUGAGACUCUAUUUGUAUGUAUCUGGAGAUGGACAAAGAGUUCUGAUUAUAACUCCUUCUGGAUGCAUACUUCUUUGGGAAUAUUUGGAAUUCAGGAAUAUCUUGUCUUCUAAAAGCCCAUCAUUGAUGGGCCAGUGGUCCCAGAUCACACCUGAGGAAGCAGUGCGUCUGCCUUCCGCAGAAGAUAAAGAGGCUGUGGUGCACGCUGUCUUCAUAAGCAAUGAGUUGCUGGGAGACUGCUGCUUGUGUGCCUUUGCCUUCUAUUCGGGGGAGUGUCUGAGGUUGACAUUUCUAGCGAUUCGGUGGCGUGAAAAUGUCUUCCCGCCUGUGAGAACGUGGCCAUACCGUGUCCAUUGGGCACAGCAGGACUGCCUUCUGGGUAGUCUGAGUCCUGCCUGUGAGUCAGUCAAGUCGAGAGGAGCUCUGAUCUCUGCCUUUUCAAGAGACGGCCUGACCCUGGCAGUGACCCUGAACCAGAGAGACCCGAAGGCGACUCAGGUAUUAUUUGUCAACACACUGAAUUUUGUUACUCUCUGUGGCAGCCUUAAGGGCUGUAGCAAUAAGAGCCCCAUGGUUCCAGCUUCUCUGGUCAGGUCCUACUGGGUAGGCGACAUCAGCUGGACUCAUGACAGCCUUUUUCUGGCCUGCAUGCUGAAGCGUGGCUCCCUGGUCUUGCUGACGUGCCAAGGGGAACUGCUCACAUUGAGCACGCAUGGCUGCUCGGUGGAAUUUGGGCCGGCUGAGUUUAUUCCCCUCCACCCACUCAUCACAUACCGACCACCGCAGGGCACAUUUCAAGACUCGGCUCCUUCUGCGGACUCGUCGGCGUCGGCCAGCGACCCGAUGCGACAGAGGUUUUCCGUGAAGACCCACUCCCGGCUGCCCUACCUCGUCGCCUCUGACGGCUACAUGGUCACCACCCUCCGCUUCCUCGAUGGCCUGUCCCCCUCGGCGCUGCUGCGGUCGCUGCUGCUGGACGCCGCCCGGCGGCUGGAGAGGGCGUACCGCGGCCUGGCGCUGUGCGAGCCCGGAGGCAGAGGGCUGAACCUGCGGUCUCUGGGCUCCCUGAGGUCCAGCCUGUUAAAGCGCCAAGGAAGCCAGCGGCCAGCAGACCCGCCCGUCCCCCGAUUCCUGCAGGAAGAAGAGACGGGGGAGUUGCAGGAUUUUGAAGCAGAAGACCCGAACGAAAGCACACACUUUCCAAACAACCUGCUCUCUCUCUGGGACGAAAACAAGGAUCCAUCGCUCAGGGGCGCCGAGGAGGGGAGCCUGGAGUUUGCGUCUAUGUUCGACACGAUGCGUGCGGGGGAGCCCGCCGCGGAGGCGGACCGAAUGGUCUCGGACCUGCGCUCGGUCCACAGAAACCUCCUCGCCGCCUGGACCGUGGGGGUUUCCAAACACGUGCCGGAGAAGAGCAUCAUGCUGAACUACACAGUCGUUUGCUUUACCUACUUUCUCCACAUCCUUCAGUUUAUCAAGCGUCCUCUCCCAGCGCUGGAUCUCUCCUUAGGCAGGAGCCCCGGGCACCCGGCGUGGGUGCGCUGUGUCCUGCAGCUCCUGGGGCAGUGCCUGUGCGCCCCGCCCUGGGACCCGCGGGGCCGGCCGGCCGUGCGGCCGCUGCUGGCGCUCACGGCCCGCGCGCUGCAGCUCCUGCUGGCCCGGCCCCGGGGCCGCCGCCGCUCCCGCUCCCGGAGGCUGGCCGCCUGCUUCCAGCUGCUCGGGAUGGUGGCCGAUCGCCUAGACGGCGCAGACCACCUUCAGCCCGAGGUCUCGGCCACGGCUGGUGGGAGUGGAGCAGCCCGUCAGGACUCCCUGGUGGUUCCCCUUUUCCAAACCUUUCAAGACAGCGCUUCCCGGGACGGCUGGACCCGUCCUCCAGGAGCAAACCUCAUUCAGCAGGCAGGACGCAGGCUGGUGUGUCUGUGGCGCGUGCUGUAUAAGAAGACGCUAUGGUAUCAGGCACAGCUAAGUCGGAGCGUUCCCGAAGGCGACCGGCCGCUCCCUGCAGAGGCGGCCCAGGAAGCCGCUGCCGUCCGGUCCCUGCUGUGUCACAUCCAGGCCCGCCUGCAGGCGGCCGGAGCCUGCCUGGGCCGGACCUUACCGCUCAAGCCCAUCAGCGGGGAAGAGUGUUUCCUGUUGGGAUCCUAUGAAAAGGCUGUUGAACUGUGGAGGAAAGCUCUGCAGGAAACCCAGGAGAACGGAGGAAGAAGGACCUGCUUUCUUCAGAUGCGCUACUACCUGUCCCUUUUGUACUGCCACCUGUACAGCUAUAACUUAAACGAUGCCCAGGGGCUGUGCGACCAGCUGGUGCGAGAACUGCUGCGAUGGUCCCGCCUGCCCGUGAGGGACAAUGGGGAGAGUUCGGCUCCCGCGCUGGGACUGCCCUGGCCUGCACACCCCGAGGCCGUGCGGAGGGUCGUCCAGUCCAUGGCCCGGUUCAUGGCCGCCUAUUUCACCAACCGGCGGCUCUGCGUCCUGCCCCCGCACCAUGUGGACGUCCUGCCGCCCCUGCACAGGGAAGCAGGGCCGGGCCCGCGGCGCCUCCCCCUGCAGCGCGCGGCGGUGGCCCGGGCCGUCCGGGAGCAGGGCCUGGGCGAAGUGUGGACGGCGGACUACGCGCUGGAGCUGCUGCUGCUGGGCGGCCUGGCCCCCGAGGCCGUGUGGCUGGCGCGGGAGCUCGGGGACUGGAAGACGGCCGUGGCCCUCGGCGUGGCCUGCCAGCUGGGCGGCCGGGGCCGCGGCUACCCCAGGUUCAAGAAAAAGGGCCAGGAUCUGCCGUCCAACAUGACUCCCGCCCGGAUUUUCCAGGAGAAACUCCGGUGUCUUUUAGGUCAGCCGGCCUCUUCGGAAGCAAAGAGAGAAAUGGGCUCAAAAUACAAGCAGUUUACAGACCCCAUCGAGGAGGAGGACGCGCAGCUGCUGCUGGGCGCCGUGCGGGAGGUGCUGACGGCCGCGGCCAUGGCGCAGGCGGACGUGCUCUCCGAGGCCUGGCCGCUCCUGGUCCGCUCCGCCCAGGACUGCAGCCGGCGGCUCUGGGGCCUGGUGCCCGGCGGCCUGUACCUGCCCGCCCCGCCGCUCUACUGCCCCCAGCCGGCCCUUCUCAGCCAGGAGGACGCUGACGACCUCCCGGUGAGAGCCGAGAAGGAGAACCGCCAGAAGGUGUCCGGGAUCCUGCAGCGCCUGCUGCUGCUCCUCCGCGCCGCGCGCUGCUCCUUCCCGGCCGCGCAGUGGUACAUCCUGCAGCUGCGGUGGGCCCGGAAGGUCAUGGGGAAGAUUCGAGCGAAAGGGUCCCUCCCCGCCCUGAGCCCCUUCCCGCAGAGGCUGCUGCAGCACUGCCGGGGCGGCGUGGCCUUCUUCCGGCCGGGAGCCGCGGGCGACGGCCAGCUGGACGGGGCGUCCCUCGCAGCAAUAGGGUGCUUCCGGGAGCUGUGUGCGCUGUGCUGGAUGCUGCACGUCCGGGACCAGCUGUCCGUCCGCUGCCGGCUGUUCCAGAAGGCCCGCGAGCGCGCGCAGGGGAAGCAGGCACUUACCCGCCAGAGAGGAAGAGAGGACCUCUCCGUGGAGUUGGACCCCUGCGCGGUGGAGCACUGCCUGGGGGCGGCCGAGUGGGCGUGCAGGAUGCUGCCCUUCGCCCGGUUUUCCAACGCCGAGGAGCUGAUUCAGGACCUGAUUUUGAGCCUCAUUGGAGACCUGCCGCCGAUCAGACAGGUCGCAGACAUUUUCGUGAGAGCAUUUCCCAAUCCUGAGGACGUAAGGGUUCCUUUAAGAGAGAAAUACCACGCUCUCCGGCAGAGGCUCAGCGCCUGCGUCGUGAAAGGCGCCCUCAGCGAGGAGCCCCUGUCUGUGGCCAUGCGCUCCAUCCACAGAGUGAGGGCCAAGGCCCUCCGACGCGUGCAGAGGAACAUCGGGCCCUUCGAGACCCACGUCUGGGAGCCCGCGGAGGACAAGCCCACCGAAGGUCCCGGGUUCGAGGGGUGCUCCCUGGGGACGAGCCCGAGCGGGAGCACACUCACAGACCUGGGCACGUCCCCCGGCCACAGCGCGGCCGACACGCUCUCGGAGGCUCUGAGCUGGACGCAUCUCCAUCGCAGGAAGGCUCCAGAUCACGUGGACGCAGCGCUGACCGCUGAGCCCCGCGGUGACAGGAGCGCGGGGGGCCGGGGAGGGGGCGCCCCGCGGAGGGGGCAGGGGCGGGCGCUGCCCGUGGUGGGCGCCUGGGCAUUCGAGCGGGAGGACGACGAGUACCUGCGGUUCCUGGAGCUGUUCCUGAGCUACGUGCUGGAGCGGGAGCUGCGGGGCGGGGACCCCGGCCCCCCGCUGCUGCCCGGCUUCUCGGGGCGCCUGCGGGAGCGGGAGCUGGACCCCCUGCUCGCCGGCCUGCACCCCGCCCCGGGGGCGCUCCGGGCCGGCUCCUGCUUCCAGCUGGCCCCGGAGCCCGAGGACCCGGAGGGCCCGGCGCCCCCAGCCCCAGGGCCGCCCCCGGAGAGCCUUCUGGGCACCCUCAGGGACAGCGGGGGCCCGAGCGGCCUGUUCGGGCUGCAGCACAGGGCCCUCUACAGGGCGCACGGCGCCGGCGCCCCCGGGCCUGGCAUCCCCAGGGUGGCCGGCCGGAGUGCGUGGGCGCCCGAGGGCAGGCGCAGAGGCAGGUGUGUGUUCAGAGCCAUCGGGGGCGCUGACGCCGGCCCCCAGGCCGAGCUCCCCCCCGCGCCGGGGGCGGGCAGCGCGGGGCUGCAGGCGCUGCUGGACUGGAUGCUGCGCUGGGCCGCCCGCAGGCUGCCCUGCGACCCCAGCCUCGCUGCGCCCCAGGCCCGGCCCCUGCUCCGGCUGACAGCCUCUGCGGCUGCCAUUCUGACAUCACUGUGGCUCUCGGAACAGCCCUGCGCUGCUCUGUCCAAGGCAGAGUGCGCCACGGCAGCCAGUGCCCUUGUGCAGGUGCAGGAGCCUCCUCGCCCUGCGUCUCCGGUGGGACCCCCCGGUGAGGGCGCCUGCUCGGCGCCAGGGUCCCGGCCAGGGGGGCCAGACGGAGGGGAUGGCCCCCGGGAGCCUCGGCGGAGCGCCCUGAUAAUGUCAACAGAAGCCAAAGCCCCUGAAAUGAAGGAACCCGAUGAUGAGGGCAUUUCUGACACAGAUGACACUGAUAAACAAUUUGUAGACAUCAUCGAUGAGGACUCUUUAAGAGGAGAAACAUUUACCCAGGAGGAACUGGAGGCACUCCCACCAGACCAUGAAGAAGACACCAGAGGGCCCGUGGGAAGCCCCGAGAGCCCCCACACCAUCGCGGACACGCAGACGUCACCACGGCCGUUAGGACACUCGGCAGGAGCGGGUCCGAGCCCCCGGGGGGACCCAGCGGAGACAGGUGCGGAGGAGCAGCCGGCGGCACAGGCUGGGGCGCAGACCCCGGCCUGCGAAGAGGGGGCGGCCGCGGCCCCGCCCGCGGGGCCCGGUGGGGUCAGCGUGGCCUCCCAGACCCUGGUGCCCGCGCCCCCGCCCGCCCCGCGCGGCCGGCCCCGGGCGCGGCUGCCCGCCCCUCCCGGCUCCGGUGCCGCCCGGCAGAUGCUGCAGGACGAGAUGCUCAAACUAGUCCAGCUGCAACAGAUCAACUUCCUGACGCUGAUGCAGAUGGCCGGGCCGUCCCUCCCCCGCCUCCCGGGCACCCCCACCUCCGGGCUGGCUCCGCAGCCGCAGCCUGCACACCCCCCGGGGAGCCCGGGGCCCGGCCCGCCGGGGGGCAGUGCUGGGGACGGCCCCCGGGCGAAGCUGGAGGAGAAGCUGCGGGCCCAGCUCCCGCCGGGGGAGCCCGCUGGGGGGCCCCGCCCCGGAGCCGGGCCGUCCGUGCAGAGUGGUGGAGACCGUUCCCAGAAUGUUCCUUGUCCGUUGGAAGGCCAGCCUCGGAACAGCGGUCUGAACACAGCAGCUGGGAGCUCACUGCCCACCCUGGUGCCCCCGGGCCCCGCUGGCCACGCUGCCCUCCCGCUCCUGGCCGCACCGCCUGUGCCCCCCGCCACCGCCAGGCCGGCCGAGGCCUUCCCGCUGCUCCGGCUGCAGCCGGGCCCCCAGCCCCCGGCCUUCCCCGCGGACCGCGCCCCGUGGGGCCCCCCCAGGGGCCUGCCGCCGCCCCGAGAGGCCUGGGGGCCCCGCGGCUCCCGCCAGCGCCCUGCGCCCCCCGGGGCCCGGGGCCCGCGGCCCGCAGCGGCGCAGAAGCCGGGGCCCGGGACCGGGGGGCUGGAGGUCCCCCAGCACUUGAACUUGGACCAGUACGUGGGGCAGGACACCGUGACACCUGGGCUGGACGCGGCCUUGUUUCUGGAGCCCCGAGGGUGUGACGUGGCCCCUCCAGGUCCCUUCGGGUUCCCGCUGCUGCACCUGCCGCCGCCCCGCGCCUUCACCUUCUUCUCCGUGUGCCGCGCCCCGGGGCCGGCCCCCUGCGCGCCCCUCAGGGCCGCCGGAGAGAGCGAGCGCCCCGGCUUCUCCUUCCUUCCCGCCCGCCCGGCGCCCGAGGACACGUGCAGAAGCCCACAGCUCACUCGGAUCGAAAACCUCAUUGCGUGUAAACAAAGCCAGCCCAGACCGACCCCGGAUUUCCUGGAGCGAGGCGACCCCGGGCUCCUCUCACUUGGAAAGGACAAAGGGGAGCCUCCUGGAGCGCGGCCAGGGAAGGACGGCAAGAAAAGGCAGAGACGGCGGGCAGAGAGAGAGCUGCAGGAGAAGCGCUCCGAGAAGCAGAGGAGAAAGCCCAGUGCGGCCGAGCAGCCAGAGGCCGCCGUCCUGCCUGCCCCGGACUCGGGGGCAGCUGGGAAAGCCGAGGAGCAGCGAGAGCAUCGUGGUUCCCAGACGCUGGAGGCCUUUGAGAUCCCGCUGGAAGCGCUGCAGGGGGACGUGGCCACGGCCGCCGGGCUGCACUUCCUGGCCACUGUGCGCAGCAGCGCUGUGGGCCGGCAGGACGCCAGCACCAACACGGACCCAGAUAAAGAAGCUGCUUCUCAAGUGGUAUCUGAAUGUCGGGAAAAUCCACAAGCCAUUUCCUCCACACCAGAAUGUGAACCUUUGACUGUCCCCCAGGCAUUGCCUGCAGAUGUGCUUCUGAAUCUCAACCUUCCCUCCGAACGGGCAGAGAAGCCUUUGUCCCCUUCAGCCUCAGACACGGUGGGACACGCUUACAUAAACGUGAUUGACAUUGAAGCCGGCGACCUGCAAGAGCUGCCUGUCAGGGAGCCUUCCGAGGAGGACGCCCCCCCGUGGCAGGCGGCAGGCCCGUCCCCGGCCGCGUUACAUCACAUGGCUGCAGCCGUGACCGUGACCCGGGCUGCUGCCCUGCGCAGGGUGAAGAGCCACGCUUUCCUGACAGGACCCGCCAGCUCUGCGGAGGACUUACCUCUCCCACCGGCAGAGGCAUCGCCGUCCCCAUCCGCUGUGGAGGGGGGAAGCUGGGGCACAGGCACUGCCCACGCCGAGGUCCCCUCCCCUCCAUCGUCAGAGAGGACGGUCACAGAGGACAGAGACGAGCCGGAGCCAGCUUUCCAGUUCCAAGAAGAGCGCUCCCAGCCGGCCGCCCUGGAAGGGGAAGGGGAAGGGGAAGGGGGCGGGCUGCGGGCCUACCUGCUGCAGGAGCUGCUGGAGGGCGCCUCCCGCCCCGGCCCCACGCCCCGCCCCGCAGCGCGCCCCCAGCUGCAGCGCCUCAGCUCGCAGCUCCGCAAGAUCGACGAACAGCUGCUGGCCAUCCAGAGCAUCGCCCACCGCGUGGAGCAGGACUUCCCCGAGCGCGGGGUGCUGGGCCCGGCGGCGGACUGGCACUGCCAGGAGGUUGAAUCUGUGGAUGCCACUGAAUUGUCUUCCGGCCCUGAGUCUGAAAACACACUGGCUUCAAAGCCCAUUGCCAUUUCCAGAGAAGACUCUGGAUUAGUGCAUUUCCUGGCUCCUAUGAAUAAGGAAGAUCAAAGCAACAAAGAACAGACUUUUGAAGAUGAAUUUUCAGUAACAGAAACUCAUUCUCGUCAAAAAAUGUGUGCGUUUCCUUCUGCCGACUCAGUUCUCGGCCUCUCCAGUGACCAGAAGACAAGUUUUCCUGGUGUGAAUAACAAUGAUGAGUUAUUUCAGAGCGUUUCAGCAGAUCCACUCCAGGUGACUGGGCUGACGGACAUUGCAGACAUUAUUGACGACCUCAUCACCAAAGACGGAGUUUCCAGCAAAGAGCUGGGCUUAACAGAACAACAAGCCAGGAGCAUCUCUAGGAUUCAGCAGUCUUCCAGUAGCCGGUCUGGAAGAACUGCCAAGGAGAGGAGAGAGAUCCAGGUCUGGAUGAGAAGAAAGCGGAGAGAGAGGAUGGCGGAGUACUUACACCAGCUGGCGGAGAGGAGGGGGCAGGAGCACGACCCCUUCUGCCCCAGGAGCAGUGUGUUUUACAUGACUUCAAGAGAAAUCAGGCUGAGACAAAAGAUGAAGCAUGAAAAAGACAGAUUGCUACUCUGUGACCACUACAGUCGUCGAAUUUCACAAGCAUACAGUCUGAUGAAUGAACUGCUGUCUGAAUCGGUGCAGCUACCAGCACAGAAGCCAUCGCCUAGCAAGCCCAGGACUGCUCAGUCUUCCAGGCUGCAAAGCUCCCUUUCGCCAAGAAGAGAGACCUGCUAUGGUCACAACUUUCCAGUAAAUCGACCUGGAAAAGUCAGAUAUAUAUCCAAACCAAGUUAUAUCCCAAAAGGGAAAUCUUUCGGGCAACCUCAGAGCUCACCUUGUCCACAUGGAACUGUCACUUUUACCCAGAAAAAAGCCGGUGGAGCCAGAGGGGCACGGAGGAAGGCUGUGCACUCUCCAGUCACCUUCCGAAUAGGCUCUGCUGCUCCCUGUCUACGGCAUUCAAAACAGUAUCGGAGCGCUGGGCCUGGCCCUCACACGGAGCAGGUAUGUGCAGAGGAUGAGAGAGAGGAGACUGUGGUGAGUCCCUGGCUGGUGCCCUCAGACAUCCGCAGGAUUCUUCACGGAAGUCACAGUUCCCUUCUACAAGACCUGUCACCAACUGAAGAGCCAGCGUCCCCCGCUGGGGAGGGUGGCAUGGACAGUGCCUCUGAGAGCACUGGCAGCAUCCUCAGCAAGCUCGACUGGAAUGCGGUCGAAGACAUGGUGGCCAGCGUGGAAGACAAGAGCCUGUCUGUCCACUGGGCCCUGGGUCUGUAAGGCCUCGAGGUGUUCUGUUUCCAGGGCCGGCAGCGCAGUGGUGUGGGCUUAAGGGAAGGAAGCAAUACAGAGAGUGAUGCGAAUUUACCACCUGCAGCCAUAUAUUACCUGGACAAGCCAUUUCAAGAGGGAAAAUAAACAUUUCUCAGUAAUUUUGCCUUCCUGGGAAAGGGUUCUUUAAUUAUAGAUGUAUUAUAUGUUUUUGCAUUUGACUUAUAUUUGGGCAUUAUUUUUUAAAUGAUAAAAAAAUAAAACGCAUCUUUCAAGCUGA